CAAUUCGGUUAUUACGUGUUUCCUCAUAUUAACGAGUGGAUUCCUUUAUUUCCCUUUUGUUUUCUCGUCCCUUCUUUGUGCACUUGACGGAGUCUUCAUCAUCGUGGACUUUUGUUCUCCCGCUUUCACAUCGUUUUUAGCUGAGUCGGAUGCGCUAAUAUUCUGGCCAGUUCUUACCUCUCAUUCUUACUUGGCUUACCUGAAUCUCGACCUGUCUUUUAUCUGUAAUUUAGAAUCAAAUUUUGCACCACCAAAACUGAGGUCUCCUCUUCCGGAAGUCUGGGAAUCUCGAAAUCCAUGAGAAACUUUAGUCUAGUAUGCUGAGAGGCAUGUAUUUAUGAAGUAUAUUUGACGCUGAAAGAAUUCCAGAGGGUGACAGCAGGAAACCAAAUUGAUCUGAAAUCAGUUGUGCUCCAGGAUCUUACUGGAGAGCUAGUGAUGACGAAAACAAGUAUAGAAGUUUCCAUGAAUGAGCGGAAUGAUGUUCUCGAGGCAUCAAAUCCUGUAAUUUCUAAUUUUCUUGCGCAGCUUUCCCAGAAACUUCAAAAUUCUCUCAAGCCUCAGCUUAAGAGAUUGGCAAAUGAUGGUCAGAAGUUAACAUCAAUGACAAUGAGCCCUUUCACGAAAGGAAAAGGGGAGAAGGGAUCUUCUACAUCCUGGGAGCUUGACGUGGAGAAGCAACUGCAGGCCUGGAGAGACAACCCUUCAUGGACCGAUAAACCUCCGCAAAUAAAGGUCAGUGUACCAAAAGAUACCCUUAGCAGACUCAAUGUAAAAGUUGAUGUUGGUUUGCCACCAGACGCUGUCUAUAAUAUUGUGACAGACCCUGAUAACAAGAGAGUCUUCAAGAAUAUUAAAGAGGUAAUUUCCAGACGGGUUCUGAUCGAUGAAGGUUUGAGGCAAGUGGUUGAGCUGGAGCAAGCAGCUUUGUGGAGAUUUCUUUGGUGGUCUGGGACCAUUUCAGUCCAUGUUCUAGUAGAUCAAAACAGAGCAGAUCACUCAAUGAAAUUCAAGCAACUGAAGGCUGGAUUUAUGAAGAGAUUUGAAGGGUGCUGGAGAGUGGAGCCUCUAUUUGUUGAUGAAAGAAUGUGCUUCCCAGUAAAACCAAAGAACUUGGGAGAUUAUCAUGCUUGCACAGAGGGCAAAGGAAGAAUAGGGUCAAGGGUGAGCCUGGAACAGCUGAUUCAGCCAGCUAUUGUUCCACCACCGCCCAUCUCCUGGUAUCUACGUGGAAUUACCACAAGGACCACCGAGAUGCUCAUUCUUGAUCUGCUUGCUGAGGCCGAAAGGAUAAGGGGAGAUGUGAAAGGUGAGGUUUCGAACAAGGAGCUUGAAAUUUCUCAGGGAAUGUGUGGUAGCAACUUAUUAGAUAGCGUUCUUGAUAUUAAAGAAAGAUGGGCAAUGCGUAGGAGAAAUGCGAAGCAAUGUCAUGGAACAAGGAGGCUCCCUGCGGCCAAAUGAAUAACCCCCUUCAAAGCACAUAGUAUGUACUACACGCUGAUUGCUCAUUCUGCCCUUUUUUUUUCCAGCUAUUAAUCACAAAGGAGAUUACCCAGACGUCUCUAUUGACACAACUUUCAUAGCAAAUGAUAAAGCCUUUUUGUUUGAUUUGUUGGUACAUGAACUUGCACAUUUCCAGCGAAUGACUAAUUUCUUUUCUUUCA